CCACGCAGGACGUCACAUCGAAGCAUCCCGAGUGUGCACACGCAACCUGCUGCACGCACGCACGCACCCACGCCUCCAGUCCACCAUGAUGAGGACGCACGUAUGGAUUUACCAGGCGCUGGUGUGCGCGCUGCUGGGCAUGCUGCAUGCAGGCGACUUCAGAAAGAGUCGCCAGUCUUUGCAGCGCUACGAGAAGUCCGAAAACCACCUCCUGGUGUGCGCGGACUGUCCUCAGCCGCCUCUGGUGAGGAAGAGCCGCUCGCAGGAACACUGCGCCCGUAAAUGCAAGAAGGUGAAGAAGCACUUCAAUUGCAGGGCCUUCAACUUCCACAAGCACAACAGGAAAUGCCACUUGCUUCCCUUCGACCGCUUCGGCCACGGCGUGCAAAAGCAGGCCAACGCCAACUUCACGCUGUACGAGAAGAAAGAUUAUAUAAGGGAGUGUAUCAUGGGACCCAAGGACAGCUACAGAGGGAGGAGGUCUUGGACCAAGUCAAACAUCACUUGUCAAGCUUGGUCUGAUAAUAACAUCAAUGAGCACACGUUUUAUCCCGAUAGGUACCCGACGCAAGACCUGAGGGAGAACUUCUGCCGGAAUCCCAACAACGAUCCCGGUGGUCCGUGGUGCUACACCACUGAUCCCAAUGUACGGGCCGAGGAGUGCGGCAUAGCACACUGUUCCGAGGAUGUUUGCAUGACAUGCAACGGCGAGGAUUACCGAGGAAAAGUAGACCAUACCAAGAGCGGGAAGGAGUGCCAGAGAUGGGACUCAUCGAGGCCACAUAAACACAAAUUUCAGCCCAAAAAGCACAGGGACAAGGGCUUGACGGACAACUACUGUCGGAACCCGGAUAACCGCCUCCGUCCCUGGUGCUUCACUAUGGAUCCCAAGACUCCCUGGGAGUACUGCAACAUCACAGUAUGUGAGUCCGACUCCUUCAGCAGCGAGGAGCCAGAUGUGAACGUGACGGCGUCCUGCGUCCACGGGAAGGGCAAAGACUACCGCGGAACGAUGAAUGUCACUCCCGAGGGGCUGACGUGUCAGCGCUGGGACUCGCAAUUCCCCCAUCAGCACUCGUUCAUUCCCCACCACUUCAAAUGCAAGGACCUCCGGGAAAACUUCUGCCGCAACCCGGACGGCUCAGACUACCCGUGGUGCUUCACCAACGACCCCAACCAGAGGAAGGCCAACUGCACGCACAUCUCCAGGUGUGACGCAGAGGACGCGCAGAAAACUGAGUGCUACAAGGACCACGGCGAGACGUACCGGGGCGCUUUAGCCAUCACUCGCUCGGGGAUUCCUUGCGCCAACUGGUCGCAUCACAUAAACAGCGGGGAUUCUCACUCUACACUAUCCCAUGUAGGGCUGGAGAGGAACUACUGUCGCAACCCUGACCGGGACAAGCAUGGCCCCUGGUGUUACACCGACCCAAACACGCGCCUGUCUUGGGACUACUGUAAACUGAAGCAUUGUGAUCCUGCCCCAGCGACUCCUCAUGUGAACGCCACGCUCGGCCCCCCUGGUGCGUCGACAACCCGCCCCAGGAUAUCGUGCUUCGUCCACAUUAACACCCGCAUCGUUGGGGGACACCAAGUACGAGGAACAGAUGGCAGCUGGGUCGUGAGCAUCCAACGAGAAAAGAUUCAUUUGUGCGGAGGGUCUUUGAUCCGGGAAAACUGGGUGUUGACGGACCAACAGUGCAUCACGUCCUGCGUUCCCGACCUGAGGGAAUACAGCGUCCAGGUGGGUGUGCGCCACCUCAACGAGUCUUCCCGUCAUCCCAGACUCGCCAUUUCUCGUCUCAUCUGCGGGCCGGAGGGAUCCAACCUGGUCAUGCUGAAGCUGUCAGACCCAGCUCCCGUGUCCGAGGGCGCGUCCACCAUCCAUCUUCCCGUAAAGGAGUGUCACAUUGCAGAGGGAACAAACUGCACCAUGUACGGAUGGGGGGAAACCAAAAACACGGGACAGGACGAGGCGCUGAACGGCGUGACCAUGCCCAUGAUGGACGGGGACAUGUGCUCGCGAAUCAAAGGGGACGCCGGAGACAGCAGGAUAUGUGCAGGAGGAAGGAGAGGAGAAGGUGUAUGUGAUAAGGACUACGGCGGUCCGCUGGUCUGCCAGGAGCACGAGCGCAAAGUCAUCGUGGGCGUGAGCAUGCAGCGGACCAAGUGCGCCUCGUCGCGGCCGGCGCUCUUCGUCAACGUGGCGUUCUACUCAGAGUGGAUUUACAAGGUCUUCAAGCUGUACCCCAGCCCCGAGACAAACUGACGCUGUGCUGGGGAAGACUCACUGAAGUAUUUUGUCUCCUGGAAUAUACUUGAAUACUCACCGAGUACCACGACUACAAGGAUGUGACACCCCCUCUAAGAUCCCACACAGCCCCCCCGCCCCUCCUUCCUUUGCCUUGGCGAGCUGCUGCGGGUUGUGGUGCUAAUGUUUGUAGCAUGAGAGUGAAGGUCCCUGCCAAGGACAACACGGCUGUCGGGUCUCAGUUUGGGGGAAGCGUGGCCCCUGGUGGGCCGUGUGGUCAGCAGGACAUUCGUCUUCCGUGCUCGCUCCGUCCUGGUGUACAUACUUUAUUGAUUACACUCACCAUGUCAGAUGUUAUGGGUCUUAUAGACCUUCUUCUUCCUCUCGCCGCUGACGACGUGUUUAAAAAAAAAUACAUAUAUAUUUAUUUUUUCUUUUGAGAUGAAUUAAGAUGAGCAGCAUUGAGAGAACUAAUAUUCCUAUCCUUAGUAUGCCAAUGCUGUCAGUGUGCUAAUCGUUAGCAGGCUGAAUGUCAACUUAUUAGCAUCACAACAUCUGGACUACACAUGUCAACAUUGCAACUGUUAGCGAAGGAAAGCACUAUCUGGCUGCAAUCCAGAUGCAAUAGUAAUGUAAAUAUUGGAUGCACAAAUGAAACCCACUUUUUGAUGGAAAUAACCCAAUCUUAUAUUUUCAAUGUACAUUUUUGCAGAAAAGCACUCCAGUCGUUUUGAGGAUCUUUUUGUAGUAGGUCCCUAAAAACAGCAGAGCAGUCCUGUCCUGUG